AUGACAUCGUCACCAGAAUGGGAUAAAAUGCUCCGCGGAGAGUGGUACCAUGCAGGAUGUGAUAUUCUCCAAGAAAACAGAAUCCGCUGUAGGAAAGCCUGCGAGGCGUUCAAUGCGGCGACAUAUGGCUCCCGUCGCCAAAAGGUUCAACUUUGGCGGAACAUCAUCGAAGAUACUCGGCCACUCCCCGAGGAGCUUCAGGAUGCAAAGGCGGACGAGGCUCUGUUUGACGAGACAGACCCUUACGUCGAUGGCCCUAUCUCCAUUGAUCACGGGCUCAACUUCAAAGUCGGAAAGCAAUCCUUCUUGAAUUUCAACCUCUUGGUCCUCGACACGUGCCUCAUCACUGUUGGUGAAAAUGUUCUCUUUGGCCCAAAUGUCGGGUUAUACGGCGCUCUUCACCCCAUGGAUCCUGCCAAGCGUCGCGGACUCAAGGGCCCAGAGGCAGGAAAGGAAAUUCAUAUUGAGGACGAUGUCUGGAUUGGAGCUGGGGCUACUAUCUUGGGUGGAGUUACGGUUGGACGGGGAAGCACAGUGGGCGCAUCUUCUGUUGUGACAAAGGAUGUUCCUCCCUUCCACUUCGUUGCCGGGAAUCCUGCCAGAAUAAUUCGAAAGAUUGAGUCUGAAAUGGAUCCAGAAUUCAAAGGAAAUUCGGGCGUUGAUGGAGGAAAGUAG